GCUAAUCAUCACUAAAUUUUGCUUUCUGAGCUGCAAACAGAAAGACAACCCUACACAUCUACAGCCAUGACAACUGUUGUAUUGAAAACGUGGUGCAUUCUGCUCUGUGCGGUAUUCAUCUCUGCUCAAGUCAUGCCCAUGCCUGACUUCGACCUGGAAAAGAUGAGAGGAAAGUGGUAUGUUAGUGGCUUUGCUACAAAUGCAAAAAAGUUUGUCACAGAUCUCAAGGCUGGCAUGAAGAUGGCAACUGCCGUAAUGGUGCCUACUGAAGACGGAGACCUUGACCUCAGUUACAGUCAUCUAAAGAGUGAUGGUUCCUGCUUCAGGAUGCAUCAUCUUGCCAAGAAAACAGAGAUCCCUGGACGCUUUGUCUUCAACAAUGAGCUUUGGGCAAAUUCCAAUGAUAUGCGUGUGGUUGAUGCCAAAUUUGAUGAGUAUGCUAUUGUUCACACCAUCAAGACCAGGGGAAAGGAAUCUGAGUUUCUCAACAAACUCCACACUCGUUCCAGAAAAGUAGCUGAGGACUUGAAGGGGAAGUUUAGGGAGUUCUCCCGUGAAACCGGGAUCCUUGAGGAAAACAUUGCCAUAUUGCCAAUGAACGGAGAAUGCACAGAAGCUUAAGUAUCUCCUAAAUCAAAGAAAAUCUAAAACAACUUCAACUGGUCCGACCCUUUAAACUGAAAAUAAAGACAUGAAUUGUUGGCCUCCUA